CAGGCAAAUGUGCUCGCGUCAACCAUUGCGCACGUCUAGCUCACCAGAUCUUCUGUUUCGCCGUCUGGGCUAGUUAUCCUUUCAAGUCCAUUCUCUCCCAUUCCUUUCUGCCCUUUUGCUGGUAAUCUCUUCGUCUAGGUUGUACGCCAGCAAUGGCGGCAAGCUACCUGCGGCCGCAGUUGAUGCGCUCGUCCAAAGCUGCGUUCGAGUGCGCAUUUUGUGCCCAUCGCCGCUCCACCCAAUUCGCCAGACUACGAUGUACUCGGUCAUUACGUCCGCCUUUGUUGAGAUUGUAUGCCACUGUGUCCCCUGGUGAUCCAAAGCCGCCCUCCGAAGACCCAGAGAAACAGAAAAGGAAGCCUGAGAAUGCUGAAAAGGCCGAGAAACCUGCAGACGGAUCUGGGAAAGAGGACCCAAAUGUAGAGCCGGAGUCGAAGAAGGCCAGCACACAGGAGUUUUCUCCUCUCACACCAGAAGAGAUCAAACAGAUCGAUGAUGUGGCCCAGAUGAUCAAGACAGGCCUUCCAAAGGCGCAAGCCGACGCUGUGGACGAAGCCGCCGAGCUCAUGAAAAAAGGCGGAAUCCCUAAAGAACUUCGAGAAGUCCUGGAAGCACGACGAAAGGAUCCCAGCAAGCGCAUCGAUCUUGGUACCACGGUGCGUCUUGUGGGACUCUUUACCAAGAUGUCACGCAUGACCCCGGAAGAGGUUCGACAAAAAUACGGCAAGAGCGAGACAUCGGAAGAGACCCCCCUGUUCGAGCAGUCAAACAAGAGUGAGGAGCAUAAUAAACAACGCAAGGAAAAGCAGAAGCAGCAGCAGCAGCAAGGCGGACCGAGGGUUUACGAGUUUAAGCUCGACGCCAGCACAAUGAUCAUGACUGCCUUCAUUACCUACUACUUGUACCGUAGCCUGUAUCCUGGCGAGACAAGUCGGGAGAUCACAUGGCAGGAGUUCAGGACUACAUUCUUUGACAAAGGCCUAGUCAACAAGCUCACCGUCAUCAACCGAAACCGAGUCCGAGUCGAAUUACAUCGUUCCGCCGUGGCCCAGAGAUAUCCAGAGUCACCAGCCGCCCAGCCAAACUUCUAUUACUACUUUUCAAUAGGCUCAGUGGAAGCUUUUGAGAGACACUUGGAUGAGGCACAACAGGAACUGGGAAUCCCCACAAAUGAGAGAAUACCUGUGGCUUACUCCGAUGAAGUCCCACUGAGCGCCGCCAUCUUCUCGUUUGGCCCAACACUUCUAUUUGUGGGUGCCCUCUUCUGGUUGUCGCGAAGAGCAGCAUCUGGUGCAGGUGGCCAAAGUGGUAUUUUUGGUAUCGGCAAAUCAAGGGCGAAAAGAUUCAAUCACGAGACCGAUAUCAAGAUCAAAUUCACUGAUGUUGCUGGUAUGGAUGAGGCAAAGCUGGAGAUCAUGGAGUUCGUUUCCUUCCUUAAAGAUCCUUCAAAGUACCAGAGGCUGGGAGCAAAGAUUCCUCGUGGCGCCAUUCUAUCCGGCCCUCCGGGUACUGGUAAGACGCUGUUGGCCAAGGCGACCGCUGGUGAAUCCGGCGUUCCCUUCUUCUCAGUCUCUGGUUCCGAAUUCGUCGAAAUGUUUGUCGGUGUCGGCCCAUCUCGAGUGCGGGACCUGUUUGCCAAUGCCAGAAAGAAUGCGCCGUGCAUCAUCUUCAUUGACGAAAUUGAUGCCAUUGGCAAGUCAAGGGCGAAACAAAACUUUGGUGGUGGCAAUGAUGAGCGGGAAUCGACACUCAACCAAAUUUUGACCGAAAUGGAUGGCUUCAACACCUCUGAACAAGUGGUCGUCCUUGCUGGUACGAAUAGACCCGACGUCCUGGAUAAGGCUUUGAUGCGUCCAGGUCGGUUUGAUAGACACAUUGUUAUCGACAGGCCGACCAUGGAUGGCCGCAGGCAGAUAUUCAAAGUCCACCUCCGCAAGAUUGUCACUCACGUUGACAUGGACUACCUUACUGGCCGUUUGUCAGCUCUGACGCCAGGAUUCUCGGGCGCCGAUAUUGCCAACUGUGUCAACGAGGCUGCCCUCAUUGCUGCUCGCUCCAACGCAGCGUCGGUCGAAAUGCUUCAUUUCGAACAAGCAAUCGAGCGUGUCGUUGGCGGCCUUGAGAAGAAGUCCCUGGUCUUGACGCCAGAGGAGAAGAAAACUGUCGCCUACCACGAGGCUGGCCACGCCAUCUGCGGCUGGUUCUUCAAGUAUGCCGACCCCCUUCUCAAAGUCUCCAUCAUCCCUAGAGGUCAAGGGGCUCUAGGAUACGCCCAAUACCUCCCCGCCGGAGGUGGAGAUGUGUAUCUUCUGAAUGUCAAGCAAUUGAUGGACCGCAUGGCCAUGACAUUGGGCGGCCGCGUCAGCGAGGAAAUCUGGUUUGACACUGUCACGAGCGGUGCAUCCGAUGAUUUCAACAAGGUCACACGGAUGGCUACGGCCAUGGUCACCGAAUGGGGCAUGUCUCCCAAGAUUGGGUACUUGCACUAUCGCGACGAUGAGCAGAGGCUUCACAAACCUUUCUCGGAAGAAACGGCUCGAAACAUCGAUACCGAAGUCCGACGGAUUGUGGACGAGGCAUAUAAACAGUGCAAAGAUCUCCUGCUGGAGAAAAAGGAUCAAAUGCAGGCUGUGGCAGAGGAGCUACUGAAGAAAGAAAUGCUUGUAAGGGACGACUUGGUGCGGAUCCUGGGGCCGAGACCGUUUGAGGAUCCGGGCGACUUUUCGAAAUACUUCAACCCCGACCAAGGACAGAAGAGCGCCCCGCCACCACCACCCACGGAGCAACCAGGACCUUCCGGGGAUAUUCCAGAACAACCAGCACCAGCAUUCAAGUCCCUCUUCAGAUAACAAGAAUCUCUCCGACGUUGUCAGGCUUUCCUUUUUCGAUGCUGCGCGGCCGCAAAUCGUGUGGCGUUCCAAGGAGGAGUACAUUGAGCUUCAGGCGGAGCUGUUGCCUCUCGCUCCAUCGCCAGACAAACGCGGCAUCAGCGACAAGCACGACAAUCUCCACCAUGUCGAUCUCCCUCAACCAAACCUUUUAGUCACGACUUGCUCGGCCGCGAGAGAAGGCUGAGUGGUUUCGAUCAGAUGGCGACGCUCGUCCUGUGCGUUUAGAGGGGAAGAAGGGGUUCUGACCGUGUAUUGUACAUAUAGGCCGAGGCUUGGAGGCUCCUUGUCUUUGAUUGCAGCUUCCAUGUCCAGCUCACUUCAAGUGUAGAGGGAUACCCAAAUUCCAGACCAAUACUCCUCUUUUCUCCAUGGGCUAGAUUGUUUCUUGCUCGGGCUUUGCUCAAUGCAACAAGCAGUACGAGGUAUCUUUCUGGGUCCUGUAGCAACAAAUGCUUCUAUCGGAUGCUGGAGCCUGCUUGCCCGUCACCUGCCUGCCUGCUCGGUCGGCCCUAAUAAGUGACGAGAGACUCCGUCAGGCGAAAUAUGGGCUCUAUAAUACUCUGUCGGCCAUGGCGAUUGAUUGCAGUCCUACAAUAUACCUA